GUCUCCUCCUUCGUUCUAUCUCACAUUUGUGUAUCUAUCUGUAUAUAUAUAAAGCAAAGUUGAGUUGAGGAGGAGAUUGUUGUUGUGUGUGAGAGAGAAGUUGAUUCAGCAAAAUAAGAGUGGUUAGUAAAUAUGGCGUUGAAGGAGACAUUCUACAUAUCUCAUGGAUCACCCACUUUGUCCAUUGAUGAGACCCUUGAGGCUAGGAAGUUCCUUCAGUCAUGGAAGAAGGACGUCUUUCCUCAGAAACCCACUUCAAUUCUCGUCAUCUCUGGUCAUUGGGAAGCCAAGGUUCCAACGGUCAAUGUUGUUGACUCCGUCAACGACACCAUCUACGACUUCUAUAACUUUCCCAAACAAAUGUACCAGCUUAAAUAUCCUGCACCUGGAGCUCCAAAAUUGGCAAGGAGGGUGAAGGAACUACUCAAGGAAUCAGGUUUCAGCCGAGUUGAUGAAGAUACAAAGCGAGGACUUGAUCAUGGUGCUUGGGUUCCUCUCUUUUUGAUGUACCCAGAAGCUGAUAUCCCAGUUUGUCAAUUAUCUGUUCAAUCUCACCAAGAUGCAACUUAUCAUUAUAACAUGGGAAAGGCAUUGGCCCCUCUUAAAGAUGAAGGUGUUUUGAUUAUGGGUUCUGGAAGUGCUGUUCACAACUUGAGAGAAAUUGAUCGUCACUCUAGUACUGUUGCACCCUGGGCUUUAGAAUUUGACAAUUGGUUGAAAGAUUCUCUUCUUCAAGGAAGAUAUGAAGAUGUAAAUCAUUAUGAAGAGAAAGCACCACAUGCAAAAAAAGCUCAUCCCUGGCCAGAUCACUUUUUCCCAUUGCAUGUUGCUAUUGGUGCUGCUGGUCAAAACUCAAAGGCUAAGCUCAUCCAUAGCAGUAUUGAUUUGGGCAGUCUCUCUUAUGCCUCUUACCAGUUUACAUCUGCUGACAGCUGAACUUUUUAAUGCAGAAUGGCUGAAGUUCAGUUGCAUACCCUCUAAACAAUUAUUCAUUAUCAGUGAAGAUGUGUUGCUUGCAAGUUUAAACAUGUUUUUGUGAUAUGUUGCUAUAAAUGAUACCGUUAUGAAUGUACCGUUAUGAAUUCUGAUACAAAGGAUCUAUGACAUGCUAUAUUUCCAUUAUGUAUUAUUUUUUUAUAUAUAAUUGUUUAAUUAUAA